AUGUCGUUCGAACAGGACUAUGCGGCACCGCGAUCUCCUCUGCCUCCUCCUCCUCCACCUCCUCAUCCGCAUAUUCACCAUCAGGCGCCACAAUCCCCUCUCCCUCACUCAGGGCAUUCCUCACAAACGUCUCCGCUACGGCGCAUUGCUGUGCAACCUCCGCUGAUCACAACUGCACUUGCACCGCCGCAAGGGACAUCGUUCCUGCAUUCGCAAACGCCUAUAUCUGCUGUCUCGCUGAGCGUGCCUCUGUCGCCGUAUGGCCCUCCAUCCUCGACGUAUGCCGCUUCUCCUGUCUCUUCACCGAUGGCGAUGAGACAUACUUCCUCCGUUCCCUACAACCCGCAACAAUGGGCUGGGGGAACAUAUCUUCCUCGAACAAAUACCCAGGCGUCGUCGUCGAGAACUCGCCCGCAGGAUGUGACAGGCAUGGAAGCUUCAAUGCCUUCUCCGCCUCCUCCAUAUUCGCCAGCUCCCAACCAAAACUUGUCGCAUGUUGUUAGCAAUUCCCCUCAUAUGUCCAGCAAUGCAUUCACACCCCCCGCAAACCCGCCUACAAUACAGCCCGGGGGAUACGUACCCUCACCUCCGUCACGCCCUACCUCUUCCUAUAAUAUAUCGAGCCGGCCUGAAUCGAUGGUGGUGCCUUCCAGUGCGACUAGUAUAACUUCGAACCAGCAAUUUCCCCCUCCCCCUCCUAGAAAUGGAAGCGAACGUACUGUGUCACGAGAUAGGUUGCACUCCAAGUUUAGUCUGUCUGCUUUGCGCAAUCGUAACUCGGACCAAAGCCCGGCGCCUACAGCUAUUGAAUCGCUACGUGUCAACACAUCUGAGGCGAUAUCAGCAACUGUCUCUCCUGGAGCGCGAGCUUCACAACCAUUCUUCUCUGGCGCGCUUCCUGAUCGGAGGUGGAGCCCCGACACACAAUCACCCAUAAGAGCCCCUAAUGCUCGACGGGCGGUGUCUACCGGAGCGCUUGCACUUGGUUCCGAAGCAAGGACGCCUAUCGAGUCACCUAUUGUAGGCCAUGGUGGCUGGGGUAAUAGUGUACCGCUUCCUCCACCUCCACCCGGACCUCCUCCCAGUAGUUCAAGAUCUCAAAGCGUUGGACAUGGAGUAGAUUCAUCAUCUAGCCUUCACGCCAGAAUGGCACCUGCACCUCCAACUAGACGGCCCGGCCAAAGCAGUUUAGGUCCAAUCCCCCCAACUCCGGUUGGUUGGACCGAGGAAGAGGCAAGGACACGAUCAAGAUCACCAGGAGGCCGUGGUCUCCAAAUAGACACAAGCCCACAGGCAAUCAACCAACGACAGCAUGCCAUCCAGCAAUCAGAAAGUGAGGACAUGUCGACAUCGUCGGGUCCGACUGCUUCAACAUCGAGCAGCACACUUUACCGGCAACCGCAGAGACGAGAUCCGAGUGUCCGAGGUAUUCGAGAACGACGAAGUGAAAGCCGGGCCGCUCGUGAACGCGUCGAACCGAGCAACAACCCAUGGGCCGAUGACCUUGAAGCUGCAGCAGCCAAGCCUGCAGAUUUAGUAUUGGGAACGCCUGAUGGCUCUCUAGCACGUCGGGGCGCGGUGAAGACGCCGCGUAGUGGAAGUGGCAUUCGGUCUCCUCGGAGCUCCCAGCUCUUGGACGAACCUGGGUCGAGCAAUUCUACUCCUCGAAUCUCAGAUCAUCAUCGAAGGCUUCCUUCUGGUGCUGCCCCGACGCCGCCUUUCUCGCCAGGUACGGACAAUUUUGAAUAUCAGUCUCGAAAAGCUACCGCAGCAAUCCCUACCAAAGCUCUUCCUACUCCUCCUCUACGCUCUUAUGGCGAUGAUCUUGCUUCUUCAGGCCUGACAAAUAAUUCAGGAAGUGCUGCUAGAUCCACAUCUAUCGCAUCCCACCUUUCCGAAGCCCUGCCCGAGGCAUCGUCUUCGAGCACGCCGCGACCCACCGACCGUGAUACGUUUGCACAAGCUUCUAUUGAAAGGCAUCGACUGUUCAUCGAGAAAGAGGCCGCUGCCCAGUCCGAUCAAGAUCGACUGGAACUUUUCGCAGAAUUCAUUGUUGCAGAAUCACGACUACGACGAGACCGAUAUUCCGGAGCGUUUGAUGCUAUGGCCAGCGAGGUUCUGGACCUGACAAGAGACCUUUGGAGAUCGUACGCAAGCACAGGACGUAGGUCAGCUACCCCUGGAGCACAGAGCACAUCGGUAGUCAGCGGCAGACGUUCCCAAGCCUCCACCCAUGGAGAAUCCCCAGACACGAGGUUCUCGAAUUCCGUCCCCACGACAGCUGCAAGCCCUGCAUCUUCAGUAGCCAACUUUACACCGCACACCGAACCCGCAUCUCCUUCGAGCGCUACGAGCCAACGAGCUCGCGACCAGCCCUGGAACAACAACUUUCAACCAUGCCUCUCUCCUAUUCCAAGCAUGGCCAUGAGCACUGUGCCUGAUGAGGAGGAUUCGCGUGGACGAUCUGCCAGCCGUUGGUGGGAAGCCAGUCAUGAUGGAGCAUCAUCUGGUGUGGGCAGUCGGAGGCUGGAGAGAAGCAAGCGAGAGUCCAAAUACAUGGGCGUGCCUAAGGAGGCACGCGAAAGUUUACAGUGGGCCAACGAUUCGCAGGCAUCCCCAGCCAACCCGGAGGCGUCGAGCCAGCAAGGUUACGGGCCAAAUGAAUACCCAGCAGAGAAGGCUGGCUGGCACGACGAGGCACAAUCGUCUGCAAAAUCUUCUCAAGGCUACUAUCCCAGUCCCGCACCGAUGACCCCGGACCCUCACAGGCUAGAUGUUUCAAGACUCGUCACGCUUCCGCCUCCAUAUCCAAGACACCAUCCAGCUGUGAACAACAGCCAUCCUGACCUGAAUUCCAUUAGAAGCACUUUGCGACUUUCGUCGGAGCUGGGUGAGGUUAAGACUACAAAGGAGCGAUUCACGACCAAAAUCCAGGCUCACAAGGAACAAGAAAGUACUUCUUUGGCAGAGCGAAGAUCCCAGCUUCGCUUCAAUAUAGAACAGAACGUCAAGAAUGGUGUGAUGAAUUUCACAGAAGCUGCCAAGGCCGAAAACGAUUUCGAGACUCGAGAACACAAGCGCGCGCAAGAAACCGUGCAAUACGUCUUUGACACGUUCCAGGCCGAUGUCGCGAACCCGCUGCACGCCAUGUUCUGCGAACGCAUCAACAAGGUGUCGGCUUCUAUCGAGCACUUGAAAGCACGCCUGAAGGACGAUGCUCAGGAACUCAACCCAGACCAUACUCAAGAGGAGGGAGACGACAAGCCGGAACUUUUGGAGAUUCUCACGUUGCUCAAAUGGCUCUUUGAAUCCCGCGAGCAGCUCCACAAAGAGAUGUUUGAGCUGGAAGACGAGCGCAAUGAUCUAUAUAAAGACAUCAUCAUCCUGCCUUAUAUCCAAACAAAGAACGACCAGAAGGUGAAAGAAGCCAGCAACUUCUUUGGGCAGGACGCACGUGACCGCAAGGUCACUUGGGAGAAGGAAAUCCUCAAGCGCUACGAGGAGUUCAUGAACAUCGUCGAAACGAACGUGACGAGAGGCGUAGAAGCGCAACUGUCGGCGUUCUGGGACAUCGCGCCAGGCCUAUUGGCCAUCGUCCAGAAAGUGCCGCAGCGGUUGCGAGAUUUCGACAUCGUUAUUCCCCCGCAGGAGUAUGAAGAAAACCCCGCGUACCACGACUUUCCUUUGCAGUAUCUCUACACGCUUCUGGCUCAUGCUGGCCGCUCGGCGUACCAGUUCAUCGAGUCCCAGAUCAACCUCCUCUGCCUCCUCCACGAGGUCAAGACUGGCGUUAUGACUGCAGGGUCCCGUCUCCUGGAAACGCAACGCAUCCUCGAAGGCGAAGACCUCGCAAGCGUGGACACGGAGAUGCGCGCCAUCCGCGAAGAUGAAGAGAGCCGUCUAACAGAAGACCUAAAAGACAAGGUCGGUCUUGUCGAAAGCCAAUGGGGCGAGGCGUUAGGCAACGGCAUGGACGAAUGCAAGAACAGGGUGGAAGCGUUCUUGGUCCAGCAAAACGGGUGGGACGACGCGUUGAAGGAGUGA